AUGGAGAAUUCACGCGUCGUUUACCUGCCAAAUGGUCCCUGUAAGAUCAUUAGGCUCAAGUCUCCGAUAUCGAAAGAGCUGGUGAAUUUGGUGGUGAGCAGUGGGAAGUUGUACGAACUGCGUGAGCUGACUGGCGAUAACCCAUUUGACCCACAGAACCACUUGAGGCCCGUGACCAAGGCGGAUGGCCAGCCAGUGAGGUCACUGAUACUCAGUGACCCCGAGGGUAACGGUGUUGUCAUCGAAAAUGGGUCUUUGGUGGUGGCAACGCUGUUCAAUCUGAGCUAUCUGCUCGUUGCCUAUUUCACUGACGCUCCAUCAGGAAGGUUCCAAGGGCUUGAGGAUAUCGUGGAUAGCCUCCAAGCCGAGUACGAAGGGUUUGCCGAGGUUGGCGAUGACAUGGUGGCCAAAUCGCUGGAACAGAUAUGCAACACUGUUGUCGAAGGGGACGAGACUUUCUACAAGUUUGACGAAUCAAUGGCUCUGCUAUGGCUGAAGCAAAGAGUCCAGAGACUGUGCGACCAUUUCCCCUCCAGCAUCCUGGAAUCGCUCAUCAAGCCGCUGUUGUAUCCAGUGGAGCUCGACAAAUCCAUCCCUGAAGAUAUGAUGGCCCUGGCACUGCAGAAGUACUCUGUGCUGUUGCUGUCGUCAUACUUGACGGAACAAUGGGUGGAUAAGCUGAUGAAAUGCUACGAACUGGAGCCUCUCGAGCAGUACAUUGGGAAGAUCAAGCAACAAAAAGCAGCAAAGAGAGCAGCCGAGCAGAGCUUGCUGGAGGUCAACCAACUGAAUGCGAACAACAAGAGAUCUACAAAGCCAGUGGCCAAGGCUGCGCCAAAGAAGAAGGUCAAAGUGGCCAAAGUGACCAAAGGAGCUCUGGACAUGUUCUUCAAGAAGAAGGCAUAA